AGAGAUGCGGACACAGUACAGGAGAUGACCAGAGACUGCAAACAUAGUACAGGAGAUGAUCAGAGACUGUGGACAUAGUACAGGAGAUGACCAGAGACUGCGGACAUAGUACAGGAGAUGACCAGAGACUGCGGACACAGUACAGGAGAUGACCAGAGACUGCGGACACAGUACAGGAGAUGACCAGAGACUGCGGACAGUACAGGAGAUGACCAGAGACUGCGGACACAGUACAGGAGAUGACCAGAGACUGCGGACACAGUACAGG